AUGGGUCCAUUUUCAAACUCUCAUGGUUUCUUGUAUGUAUUGUUAGCUGUCGAUUAUGUUUCUAAAUGGGUGGAAGCAAUUUCCACCCGUACUGAUAAUGCUAACACUGUUGUCUCCUUUGUUCGAAAUAAUAUUAUCUGUCGCUUUAGAUCACCACGAGCAAUCGUGAAUGAUCAAGGCACUCACUUUUGUAACACGAGAUUAACAAGUCUAAUGAAGAAACAUAGUAUUGUUCACAAGGUGGCAACAGCCUACCACCCCCAGACCAAUGGACAAGCCGAGGUGUCAAACAGAGAGAUAAAGCGUAUCCUGGAGAAGGUCAUCAAGCCUCAUAGGAAAGACCGGAGUACCAGGCUUGCAGAUGCGCUUUGGGCAUAUCGGACUGCGUACAAGACACCAAUCGGAAUGAGUCCCUUUCGCCUAGUCUACGGAAAGGCUUGUCACCUCCCAGUGGAGGUGAAACACAAGGCUUUCUGGGCGGUGCGGGAAUGCAACAUGGGACUCGAGAAAGCGGGGGCUGAGCGGAAGUUGCAACUACAAGAACUGGAGUUGAGGCUCAUGCCAGGCAAGUUGAGAUCAAGAUGGGAAGGCCCCUAUAAAGUGGAGAAAGCUGAGCCAUAUGGCGUCUUCCACUUGAGCCACCCUUCAAGCCCCAAAAUUCUCAAAGUUAAUGGUCACCGCUUGAAGCUUUACCUUGGUGAGAAGAUGAAGGAUAGCAAGGAGUUGGAUAUCCUCCUCUUCGAGGCUCCUCCAAAAGAAGUAGAUUGA